CUCACAUCGCGAGUCGCAGCUUCACGAGCAGCUAAAGAGCCAUUGAGGCCGUUGUACAUACCGUAAGCAAUCCACAGCACCUACGCCAUGUCCGCCGCGAAUCCGCGCUUCUACAGCCAGCCGCUGCGCUACCUCAAGUGGGCCUCGAUCAACAAGCCCGCCUAUUUCUACAGCAUCAUCGUUGGAUGUGCGGGUCCGGCUCUCGUCUUCACUGUCCCGGGCAUCAGGCGGUACUUUGGCGAGGAGCCGAUUGCGAAGAUCCCUCUCACAUACCCGGUUCCCAGGGGACAGAGGCCGAGGCCGACUGGGUUCGAAGACGAGUAAAGGGAACGAGUAAAGGGAAAGAACAGGGGGGAGGAGAGCGCUGAAUACCAAUGAGGGAGAGCGCAUGAGAACGAGAGCGAGGGGACCCGAACAGGAGAAUACAGUAUAUUGUGCAAAGAUCAGUUUCAUUCCGUCAAGCCAUUAUUCCUGAAGUAAGUUGUGCUACUAAAGUCCGCAAGGUCGUCAUACAUACCAAAACUAGGAGCCAUCCGCCCACACCGGGCUGUUCAUCUGAACUUUUCAAAUCCAGCCUGGAGGACUUCUUGCCCACCAGAACUGCAAAACCGACUCCCAAAUCCGCACUCGAUGGCUGCAAUGCGC